AUGAUUUCUCAGGGCGUUUCUCUUUAUCGUCAAACACUGGCAGAACGACAACGGCUAUACGAUGCAGCAAUCGCUUCGAAAGAGUUCACACCGUUCCUCUAUCCAUUGGAUGGCCUUCCGUCAGCAUAUCUUCUCCUUGCUCUGAUGAUAGCUCCCCGGCUCCCUCGCAAGCGAGCAGUAUUCGUCAGGCUCCUAACGUUCAUCCUGACCGUGGUACAUAGCCUUUAUCUCUAUGCUCACCGUCGGACACUAUCGAUGGCCAGUGGGUAUGGCAUCGGUUUGGUCAACCAAUGGGGGAUUAUCAUGGCAGGAGUUUUACUCCUGUUCAAUGAUCCUGCACACAGCUUUCGACGGCUAGAGAUUCGAACACCAAGAGUGGAACACAAACAUUCCCAGCCCGACGCUACUACAUCACCAGCUCGUGCGGACGCCCCAGCAAAGGUAGACGUGAGGAAACGCAAAGUGCCAGGUAUCUAUACUUCCACAGACGUGAAGCAGAGUCCGGUACCCGACUCUACGCGGCCCGCAACACAACCCUAUGAUUUGGUAUGGCAAGGAUUCCCUCACGGCAAAGGCCUCCUGCACGCUUUCGAUUGGGUGAUGGACCUCAUGACCAGCUAUCGGGGGCCAAAUUGGGGACAUCGUAUCCCGACGCUGGGAGGUAUCGAUGGCCCUGUUCCUCCUGACCCUUCUGCUGGGCUCUGCAAAGGUGGUGGACGAAGCACGACCACAGCUGUGCCGAAGCAGACCCUGCAAACUCUCCGACGCCAGGCCGUUCAAGAUUUUGUCGUUGGCUACCUAUUGCUGGAUUUUUUGAAAACAACAAUGAUCACCGACCCGUACUUCCUGGGAAAAGCACCGCUCGAUUCGCCUACGCCGUGGCCAUGGCUGGCGGCAGUCAAUGAUGCGCUGCCUAUCGCUACACGCUUUGUGCGACUGCUCAUGUCCAUGUCUGGAGUGAUCAGUGCACUUACUCUAAUAUUUAGCCUGAGUCCUCUGUUCUUUACAUCCAUCCUACCUACUUUGGUGGACAUUUCACAUUUCACGAAGGCUCCUCUGCUGGAACCUUGGAUGUACGCUCCAUUCUGGUAUCCGCUUACAGCUUCAGUAUUUCCUACAGGACUAGCAGGAUUCUGGGGCAAGUUCUGGCAUCAAAUGUUUAGAUUUGGCAUCUCCGAACCAGCCCGCUUCAUCAUAGAAAGAACGGGGAUUGACAAACGUGGCAACCUUGCGCGAGUGAUCCAGCUCCUGGUGGCCUUUGGCUUGUCAGGAUCGAUCCAUGCCGCCGGUAGCUAUACAACGUUUUCAAUUAUCCCGACACGACCCUUCUCGGGGCCGCUACUUUUCUUCCUCAGUCAGGGAUUUGGAGUAUUGCUACAGUCACUGUUCGUCAAUUCUGUCUUCAAGUAUGUCCCUCAUGCAAAAUCACUGCCUCCGGCAAUCAGACAUACAGGAAACGUGCUAUAUGUUAUGGCCUACCUCUUCUUCACCGGACCGCUCCUAGCCGAUGACUUUGCGAGAUGUGGUCUGUGGUUGUUCGAACCCGUCCCGAUCAGUGUUCUUCGGGGACUCGGAUUCGGGCCUGGAGGCAAGGACGAGGGGUGGUGGGCAUGGUACCAAGAAGGCUCGAAGUCUCUCGGAUGGCAUAAGGGCGACAGGUGGUGGGAUACUGGCAUUGCGAUAUAUUAA